ACAUAACUUUGAAAUCUUCUUUAGGAUACCUCUGUGCAGAAUUUGCGUUGGAGAUCUGACUCUUCCGUUCAGAAGAGUCCUCUGUGUCUGACACAUAAGGCAUACGGGCAUGCCUCUCUCUCUCUCUCUCUCUCUCGGUCGCUCUCGCUCCACACGAUCAAGCACGUUGCCUUAAUUCGCUCUCGUCCUGUUGUCUUAGUUGUCCCUUAAUUUGGCCUCUCCCACGACUCCGUCCGACGUCUGAGCUAAAACCUUGGCGUUUAUGGGCAAUUUUUAGAGCUUCGGGGACCGGAGAUACCGGAUUGCAGGCCCAGGUGUAGCUCCCGGACGCGCAUGGUUGCCUACUUUGCCUCCAUCCAUAUAUCUAACAAAGAAGCAAGCGUUUCAAAAGGAGAUCAGAGACAGAGCGGGGAAGGGAAAGAGGCGGACGCUAAGGGAGACGGUCUUUGCAUCAAGGAAGGCUGUUCUCUCUGUUCUCUUUCCUCUUGCCCUUCAUCAUAGCCAGCCUUGACAUCAACGUUUGAUCGCCAUUACUUCCAGUGUUUUGCUGUUUCAGGACAACUUCUGCGAAAGUCUCCGGUCAGAUCUUGUUUGUGUAUGCAACUUCCUGGCCAUGGCCGCCGGAACCAACACAGGAGGGCAGGCGAAAUCGUGCCGCUUCCUCUUCGUGUUGUGGUCUGCCGUCUCCGAAUGGUCGUUGAUCAUCAUCUUGCUGGUGAACGCCGUGCUAGCGUACGUCGCCACCAGAAUCGCUCGAUUCUGCAUGUUGCCGGCCCCAUGCUUGCUGUGCUCGAGGCUGGAUCCCAUUCUCGGGAACGAGAGAAGAGAGUUCUACAGGAACUUGUUCUGCCAUGAACACAAGGUGGACAUAUCCUCGUUGGUCUAUUGUCAUGGCCACCGGAAGCUCGCCGAUUUCCGGGAGAUGUGUGAGGCCUGCCUCCUGUCGUCCGCCGCCACGGUCCGAAUGCCCAAGACCAUUUUUGGGGUGAAUCUUGAAGAUGGCUACGAGUCAAACAGUAAGAUCCGUGGGGAGGAUCUGGACGAUGCUCCUCCGCUGAAGGAGGAUCUCGAGCCAGGAUCUUUGGGCGCGGGACUCUGUUCCUGUUGCUCUGAGCCAUUUAGCCUUCGUAGAAAGCUUCAGGCGAAGAAGAAGAAGAAGAAGAUCGGCGGUGGCCUUCCGGGUCGUCGAGUGCAGUUGAGGAAGAGACAAGACAAAUCUUUGGACCCGACAGCCGUCGACUGCGAUCUCCUGUCUCAUGUUGGCUACAGCGAGCUAAAAAUUACCUCCGAUUCCGAGUCCGCUGAGCGGUUCUCAGAUGAUGAGGAUGACAAUGAUGAUGAUGGACAUGGUCUGGUUCGCGUAGCCAAAGACAUCAAGGAGGAGUCUGUGAUGCGGCGAAGACUACGACCUGGCAUGGCCAACAUCAACCAGGGGUUAGCGACCACCGCGUUGGAGGACAUGGUGCCCGAGAGACUGAUCCAUCCUAACCCUGUCGUUCCUCAGAACAAGCCUUUGAACGAAGGUGAUUCGCGGGACAAGUCAUCGUUGAUGUCCAGAGUCGGGCAUGGUUUGGAGGAAGCCAAUUGGAGCAGUGCCGAUGUGAAGGCCAACCCCGUCGAAUCGUCAUCACCUGAACAACUUCCUCGAGAAGUAGCGACGACCGAAACCUUGAUCUAUACCGAAAGAGGUGUUGUCGACUGUGUUCCCGGAAAGUUGUCUUCCUCCACCGGAAUAACAACCCAAGUGGGUCCCAUCGAUCGCAACGACAGCCUGAAGAACGCAUUCGCCAAGAAGGGAAUCAUGCUAUCCCCGAGGUUCUCCGAAAUAGUCGCAGGGAAGGCACAAGAAGAUCUGAAACUGAGGCUGUCGCAGAAAUCUUAUCGGGUGCUCGAUCUGCCAUGGAGCGAUAUAACUACGAGUCCCAGAGUCCAGCUACAGGGGGAAGACCUCAAGUCAUCAGAUGUUUCCGGCUCGAUCGGAUUGCAGAACAUAGCCAAGAGGCUCUACGUGGAGCGAAACAACUCCAGCUUGGAGAGCUUUGACGUGAAUCUUCUCGGUGACAUCGAAGGAGAGACUUCGGUGGAUCGGCUCAAGCAGCAGAUCGAGUUGGACAGGAAAUCCUUGAGCGCGCUGUACAAAGAACUGGAGGAGGAACGAAACGCUUCAGCGGUCGCAGCAAACGAAGCGAUGGCCAUGAUCAACAGGCUGCAGGAGGAGAAGGCGGCGAUGCAGAUGGAAGCUCUGCAGUACCUGCGCAUGAUGGAGGAGCAAUCUGAAUACGACCAAGAAGCGAUCCAGAAGCUUAACGACCUGCUUACGGAGCGAGAGAAGGAAUUACUGGAUCUGGAGGCAGAGAUCGAAAGCUACCGAAAGCGGCUCGGGGAGGCGCUGGAGGAGAAGGUCUCAUGGGCGGAAUCGAGAGAACUUGCUUCGGCCACCAGCACCCCUCGUCCCAUCAGAUCGCUAGCCCGCAGCAAGUCGGAGAAGACCGAUUCACUUCCCCAAGAAUAUACCGAGUACGGCGUGAAGGACCUAUUGCUGGGUUUUGAAGAGGAGAAGGCUCACAUCGCCACAUGCUUGAAGAGGUUGCAGAAGAAGUUCCAUCUUCUAUCAACCGGCAAAGCUAGUUGGGACGAGACCGCAGCUGAACCUGACAGAGCCAUAGGAAAUGGCGAGUACGGUGGCCACGAUGGAAACUCAUCCGAGAACGGAUCGUCUCCAUCCAGCGACAGGAAGAUGCCAUCGGAGAAUGGUAAUAGCGACAUAAGUCAUCUGCAGGACGAGGUGUCGGAGAUGAACGAGAGGUUGAGGGAGCUCGACGAGGACAGAGAGUUCCUGGGACACGCUAUCAGUGCGUUGCGAUAUGGAAGCGAUGGAGUCCGACUGGUGAAGGAAAUUGCAGGCCACCUAAAAGAGCUACGAAGAAUUCCCAUAGCAGAGGAGGGAAUGGCUGCUUAGCUUUCCACGUUGCUGUUGGUUGUUCGUCUUUACCGGUAGUUUUGUGUGGGUUCUGCACUGGGGGGAAAUCUUCAACCAAGCAGUGAAAUGUUUGCUUGUGCAUUGUUAGGCCUUUUAUGUCAGAUUGAACUGUUGUUGUCCUACUUUUCAUGCAAAUGUUGUUAGUAGCAAAAACAUUUUGAUCCUUCA